AUGGCACCCUCAGCAACUUCAACGGCCACCGUGACCGACCCGGCCAACUUGCCGGUAAACAACCUCCGUCUGUACGCUGACGGCUCCGGCGACUACAAGGAGCUGUCGCCUGUUGUGUAUGACAAGGAGGCCGAGGCCAAGGGAGGAGAUGGUCACGAGGGCGCGAAGUACCCUCACUACCUCCCAACGUGGAACCCCGAGCAACAAUACCCUCCUCUGCAGCCUUUCCAGCAUGUCGAGCACGGAAGGGACGCAGACCCUAGCUUCCCUAACCUUCUUCCCAAGGGCCAAGCCCAAGUUACCGAUCUGACGCCCAGUAUCGGCGCUGAGGUCAGGGGCGUUCAGCUUAGCAAGCUCAGCGAUGCCGGCAGGGACGAGCUGGCUCGCUUCGUCGCCGAGCGUAAGGUCGUGGCUUUCCGCGCUCAGGACUUCGCCGACCUUUCCAUCGAGAAGGCUCUCGAGUUCGGUGGUUACUUCGGCCGCCACCACAUUCAUCCCACCUCGGGAUCCCCAGAGGGUUUCCCAGAGGUCCACCUCGUCCACCGUGCCGCAGGCGACCGUUCGGCCGAGAAGUUCUUUGCCACCAGAACCAGCUCCAUUGCUUGGCACUCCGAUGUCUCCUACGAGGCACAGCCCCCUGGCACUACUUUCCUAUACAUCCUCGACAAGCCCGAGACCGGAGGCGAUACCCUUUUCUGCAAUGCAGCAGAAGCUUACAACAGACUGAGCCCGCUAUUCCAGGAAAGACUUCACGGCCUUCAAGCUGUCCACUCCGGCAUUGAGCAGGUUGCUGCUUCUGUGAAGAAGGGUAGCAUCAAGCGCCGCGAGCCUGUUGCCAACACCCACCCUAUCGUCCGUACACACCCCGUCACUGGCGAGAAGGCUUUGUUCAUCAACCCUCAAUUCACCCGUGAGAUCGUUGGCCUCAAGAAGGAGGAGUCAGACGCACUUCUCAAGUUCCUCUACGAGCACAUCGCGUGGGGUGCUGACUUCCAUGCCCGUGUCAAGUGGGAGGAGGGAACCGUCGUGGUCUGGGAUAAUAGAGUCACUCAACACUCGGCUCUCAUUGACUGGAACAACGGUUCCAGGAGGCACCUUGCCAGAAUCACUCCUCAGGCUGAGCGACCAUACGAGACGCCGUUCAAGGGUUAG